CCUGAAAUGAUCAUGGCUUUGUCGUUCAGUCAUCAAUGUCUAGUGUCGCUCUCCUCCCUUCCGUUUUACCAUCAAAAAGUCAUAAUCCCAAUCUUUCGAAAGUCAAAACCCUAGAAUCGUCUUCCAAGCUCUGCGGAAACAACAUAAUUAAAUCAAUCAAAUCGAGGAGUUACUAUUAAUUACCGCCAGCUAUGCGCAUAGUAGGUUAUGUAGGUUGAGUUAAGGAUUCUGAUUUUCAAAGAAGCCAGUAUUUAGAAGGGCCAAAAUUGAAGAUUAAUGGAUCCCUGGUUUCACUUUCCUCGAAGAUAAACUGUAUUUCGUGUUAAUUCAAAUUCUCUGUUUCUAUCUUAUUUGUUUUGUUUAACACACUGUUCUCCUGUUUCAUUUUGGUUGGGUCUUGCAUGGAGAUCACCCCUCUCCAUGACCUGUUCUGUGCAUAUUUUGUUUGUUUUAUUCAUCAUAUGGUAUGCUUGAGUUGAGGACUUUUAUAUUUUGGUUAGUUGUUUUAUUCAUCGUAUGGUAUGCUUGUUUUAACAACUCUGAUUUAAUUUUGGUGGUUCAGAUUUCAAAAGCUCCAAUAAAAAGGGAAGAAUUGAACCAAUAUAUUUUUCCAGGGCAUUAGUCAAGUCAGUUCAUCUCGGCUUAAUAAUAGUUAGUUGAAGUAGAAGUGAUCUAGACCCUAUGGAUUUUACUUGGAAUGUGGGAUCAAAUGUUCGAGUUGGUACUCUAGGGAGAAAUUUAUAAAACUGUCACUGUGGCAAUACCCAGUCAACUCCCCUCCUCAAAAAAAUAUUAGAUUACUGUAUAACUUUCCCUUGUUGCAGCAUCUGAGAGACGGGUUUGGCUUCUAAAGUUAAGACUUAAGAGAGUUGUGAAGUGAGAAAGUGAGUGUCCUUCCACUGUUGAACUGGUUUUGUUAGGAGGAGACUUUCUGGUCAUGUUUCGGCUUGUUAAGGGGUGAUGUUACAUUUCAACUGUUCAGAGAAUAAUUAAUAAUUGCGUUAUUUUUCAAAAGUUCUUUUUCUAUUCAGUAUCCACUAUAAUAAUGGUCCUUGUCCCUGAUACUCAAAAUUAAAAUGGGGAACAGAGAAUUAAUUCACUUGUUUUCAUCUUGGCAUUCUUUCUUGUUUUAAUGAGACUUGGGUAUCCUUUUCAAUCAAUUUCAUUGUUGAACUGCUGAGUGAUAUUAAUUUUAAAUUAUUGCUUCUUAUUGGAUCAAGCAGAUUUCUUUAUUAUAUUUUUGUGUUGUUUUUCAUUUUGAUACCACCAAUGCAAAUGUGUCCUUGUUAUGAAUGGAUUUGAUAUAAACAAAGAAAAGUUGCUCCUUUUUUUCUUCUUUGAAUAAAUUGAUGCUCAAAUAUGCCAAAAUGUGAAUCUAAUCUCUUUUAUUCUGGAAGAAGUUCCAGUGCUGACCAAAAUGUGGCAUGUCGUAUGAUUGACCUCCAGGCUAGGUUUUUGGAAGGAUUCAAAUCUUGCUGAAUUAACGUGCACCUACAACAAUUGAUAAUGUCAACAUUGGUUUAAUCUUCUAUUCUAUUAGAUGGAUCGAUGUGAUACAUCAGGUUUUGUCAGUGGAGGAUGCAUUUUACUCUCGUAAAUGCUCCUUCAACUUGGUGCAUCCAACCCUAAUUUUGUUGAUAUGUAACUUGUUUAUACGUGGAGGUCAGACAACUGUUCCACUGAAAUUAACCGAUAGGUGUAGCAUUAUACUAUUAUUGUUUAAUGGACGGGAGGUUCCAGAACUUGACUUUCACAGCUAACCCUUCAGCAAAUGCAUUCAAGAUUUUGGGUAACUCAAUGCAAGUUGAAGGAAGGGGAGCUGAUUGUUGUACAGAUACCAUCUUACAACAUGAUUCCCGUGCUUUUUCAAUCUCAAAGGGAACAAAAAGAAAGUGGGAUUUAAUUGAUGGAUCUAUGGGUCAGAGCAUUGGCUCUUCUUUCUCUCAUGGGCUUGAACUUUCAACAAGUUCCUCAGACAGCAAGGAGAGUUCAGCUACUGCUUGCACUGCUAUGUCUUCAGCCAAAGAGAUUGACGAGGAAUCAUCUUUGGAUAUUGAACUGGACUUUACACUUCAUCUUGGCUGUGAGAAGGUACAAAGCCCGAAAAACCCUGCUAGUUCAAAUUUGAAGAUAUUCGAAUUGCAGCCCAAGGUUGAUUUGAAGUUGUGCCUUUCCACCCAGCCCUCUGACUCAGAUAUUACUAGUGUUUGUCUAAGUCCCUCUCAGGCCCCACCACUUCAGUUGAACACGGAGAUCCCAUUAGUAUUCAGUAGGACAACAAAUGCUGAUGAGGGAUCAACUUCAUGUUUUUGGAAACCAGGGCUUGUUUCACUUAAUACAGGUGCUAGUCUAAUGUUGAACCAGGCUGCAAAAAAGUUUGAACAUAAUAUUGGGCUCGAUCUCUUGUCAACCAGACCAAGAAGUUCGGUAACCUGUACCUCUGGGCUAACACAACAAAAACAACCACUACGUUGCAACAGUAAUUCUAAGACAUGUCAAGUUGAGGGAUGUGGAAAGGGUGCCAGAGGUGCUUCUGGACAUUGCAUAUCUCAUGGUGGUGGUAGGAGGUGUCAGAAACCUGGCUGCAAUAAAGGAGCUGUAGGCCGGGCUGUGUACUGCAAAUCUCAUGGAGGUGGCAGGCAAUGUGAAUAUCAUGGUUGCACUAAGAGUGCAGAAGGACGUACAGAUUUCUGUAUUGCUCAUGGUGGUGGUCAGAGAUGCAGUCGUGAGGGUUGUCUCCGAGCUGCCAGAGGGAAAUUUGGAUUGUGUAUUCGGCAUGGUGGUGGCAAGAGAUGUCAAAGAGAAAAUUGUACUAAGAGCGUGGAAGGCUUAUCAGGUCUGUGCAUCUCACAUGGGGGAGGGCAUCAAUGUCAAGCUUCUGGAUGCACCGAAGUGGGACAGGAGACCACUAUGUUCUGCAAAGCACAUGGUGGUGGGAAACACUGUAUAGUACCAGGGUGCAUCAAAGGUGCUGAGGGGACCAUGCCAUUUUGCGAAGGCCAUGGUGGAGGUAAAUGCUGUGCAUACCAGGGUGGUGGAAUCUGUACUAAAAGUGUGCAUGGAGGUACCAACUUCUGUGUGGCACAUGGGGCUGGAAUGAGGUGUGCUGUACCUGACUGCAUUAAGGGUGCCAGAGGACAGACUGAUUAUUGUGUAUGUCAUGGGGGAGGCAAGAGAUGCAAGUUUGAAGGGUGUGGAAAGAGUGCACAAGGUGGCACUGACUUUUGCAAGGCACAUGGGGGAGGGAAGAGAUGCUGUUGGGGCCAUCCUGGGUCAGAAUAUAGCACUAAACAUGGUGGCCCUUGUAAUUCAUUUGCAAGAGGGGAGACAGGCCUGUGCGCACUCCAUAGUGGGUUAGUGCUGGAUAAGAGAGUUCACGGAGGUGUAUCCUUGGAACCAGUUAUUCAGGAUACUCGUGUUAAUAAACUGGAUGAAUUGAAGCAGAUGGUCAUUAACCAAGAUAUGGAUGUGGAUACGAUGAAAAUGCAUAGCCCAAGGAAAGCUGGUUUGAUAGCAUGUUCUGAUGUUAAACUCAAUGAAGUUGCAAGUACUCGUCUCCCAGUUGGGGAAGAUGGUCACACACCAAUGUCAGUUGCGGUUCCUGAAGGCAGGGUGCAUGGUGGAAUUCUGAUGGCAAAGCUGAUGGAGAGUUCUGAUCUUGGUACUAACAGUGGGAGAGGUCUAUUAAGUGAUCCAUCAGAGACAAUUAAAGCUUGCAUCGUGUCCAAGAGCAAAAUUUGAGGCUAGUUAUUGCUUUUGUUGCCAUGCUCUCCCUUGUUGGAAAAUUUUCUCUGCAUGUUUUACUUCGAAGUUCGAUUGUUGAUUAUUAGAGUCGUUAUCUGAUAUCUGUCAAUCGUUAAAACGGGGAGAAAGGGAGAGCAUACGUACGUUGUUUAACAUUCUUAUGUAAUGGUGUUUUCUUUGUUUCCUUCCUCAUUUCCCCUUCUGUACAUUCUAUCUAUCAUCUGAUAAAACGUCUAGCAGUUUGUGACAGCAGGUUGCUACUUGUUAAGACUGUCAGUGUAAACUUGUAUUCUGUUUGUAAUAAAGCCUCUCAACCGAGUGAGAUCGAAUACGUUGUUAUAGUGCUCUUUUUAGAUCAUGGUUACUCUUUGGUAA